GCGAUGUCCGCGACGGCCGAAUCGGUGGUGACGGGCAAGACGUGGGAACUGUCUCUCUAUGAGUUGCACCGAUCGCCACAAGAAGUGGUGACCGACACCACGGAGAUAGCGGUGUCGCCGCGGAGUCUGCACUCGGAGCUGAUGUGUCCGAUAUGUCUGGAUAUGUUGAAGUGCACGAUGACCACGAAGGAGUGUCUGCACCGCUUCUGCCAGGAGUGCAUCAUAACGGCGCUCAGGAGUGGCAACAAAGAGUGCCCGACGUGUCGAAAGAAGCUCAUCUCGAAGCGGUCGCUCAGACACGACCCCAACUUCGAUAUGUUGAUCUCCAAGAUCUACCCCUCGCGCGACGAGUACGAGGCCCACCAGGAGAAGGUGUUGGCCAAACUGAACAAGCACCAUUCCCACAACUUUGUCAACAACAUCGAGGAGAGUCUUCGCAUACAAUCACUCAAUAGAGCCCAACGUAUCAAGAAGUUCAACGAAGACGGCUUCGAUAGGCCCGCCCAACGUAUCAAGAAGUUCAACGAAGACGGCUUCGAUAGGCCCGAUUCGCCGCAAUCGUUGAGCGGAGACUCGACUUCAUUGAUGCGUAAGAAAUAUGUGAAAACGUCUGAAAACGACUCGACCUGUGGUUCGGUUCACGAGAACGAUGGCGACGACACGGAAGGCGCGGACACCGAACGGUCGGCGGCGAGCACUCCACUCAUGGAUAUGUCGAGCGCGUUAUCGGUGUCCUCCCAUUUGCCAAUCUUUCACGAGAUUGAACUCGUAUUCAAGCCAUUACCGCAUCAAAUGGAUGAUCAGGACCUGACGCUCACUCAAACGCGUUAUAUUAAGACCACAACCAACGCAUCGGUCGACCAUUUAGUCAAAUACCUAUCGAUGCGACACAUUCUCGACUCAUCCAAUGGUAAUUCACAGCAAGACGUGAAGGAGACGGCCAGC